CAGAGAGAGAGAGAAAGAAUUGACUGGAAGGCACAAUCACAGUGGACAGUGGCUUCUGACUCAUUUUUAAGACCUUGAGCAAGUCCUUUCAGCUCCCUGAGCUGCUUUUCCCCCCCGCUGUGAAGGCAGAGGUGUUAACUCAUCUCGAGGCCCUGCAGAGCAGAAUUAAUACAGCGGCAAUAAUAAUAAUAAUUAAUAAUAAUAAGCACUGCUGUGGACAGUGCUCAGUAUUGUAAGGAAUCCUAGGAGGUAAUAGUAUUUCACCUCCCCUCUGUAGAAGAGGGAACGGCACGGAGAGGCAGUGGACCUGUCCUCCCGCAGAAGGGGGAUUUGAUUACUUUCAGAGGAAAAGACGGGGCUCCCACUCAGCAGCGAAGAUCCAGUCCCUGAGCGGCGGUAGCCUCUGACGUAGGAGAGACCCGCCCUCCAGCCCCGCCCUGAAUCAGGCAAGCUAACUCCGCCCCCCGCGUCGUCAUGGCAACACUCCGCACAUGCGCCUCUGACAGCGGACUUGCCGGUGGCUCUCCAAGCCCAGAGGCUUGCAGGCCCCGCGGAGGCAGGCCGGGCGGCGGAGCGGGAGCAGGAGCGUGGGAAGGACUCCUAAAGGGACACGGGGGACUGCAGAUGCGUUCUGCCAUCGCCCACCCCGUCCCGGUGCCCAGCCAUGGCCAAACCACCCGCCCCUGGCUCAGUGAUUGUCCCCGACUGGCACGAGAGCGCCGAGGGCAAGGAGUGCCUGACCUGCAUCCUGCGCAGGAACCGCCGACGGGUGUUUGGGCUGCUCGAGCGACCAGCGCUGCCCCCCACCAUGGCCAUUGACACGGCCAGCUACAAGAUCUUCGUGUCCGGGAAGAGUGGUGUGGGCAAGACGGCGCUGGUGGCCAAGCUCGCCGGCCUGGAGGUGCCCGUGGCACACCAUGAGACCACUGCGGCUGCCCCGGCCUCGCCAGGCAUCCAGACCACCGUGGUGUUCUGGCCGGCCAAGCUGCAGGUCAGCGAGCGUGUCGUCAUGUUCCGCUUCGAGUUCUGGGACUGCGGGGAGUCUGCGCUCAGGAAGUUUGACCACAUGCUGCCGGCCUGCCAGGAGAAGGCGGACGCUUUCCUCUUCCUCUUCUCUUUCACCGACCGAGCCUCUUUCGAAGACCUCCCUGGACAGCUGACCCGCAUAGCCGGCGAGGCCCCUGGUGUCGUCAGGAUGGUCGUUGGCUCCAAGUUUGACCAGUACAUGCACACGGACGUGCCCGAGCGUGACCUCACAGCCUUCCGGCAGGCCUGGGAACUGCCCCUCCUGCGGGUGAAGAGUGUGCCUGGGCGGCGGCUGGCCGAUGGGCGCACACUGGAUGGGCGGGCUGGGCUGGCUGACAUUGCCCAUGUGCUCAAUGCCCUGGCGGAGCAGCUGUGGCACCAGGACCAGGUGGCAGCUGGCCUGAUUCCCAGCCCUACAGAGAAUGCCCCCGGCUGACAUGAGUGGGCACCUGUGGUCCUGACUCCGGACUCUCAGGUGGCCCUGAGCAGGGGAUGGGACCCAGGACCUAGGGCUUGGUCUCAUCACGAGGACUGGGCAGGGAGGAUGGUGGCCUGUAAAGACUCUGCCCCAGAAGCACUUUCCUUGCAGAAUUCAUAGCAUGAGGUGUGGGCAGUGGUUUAAGGUCCUCUGGCCUUCUCCCUUGGCCCUGGGGGCCCAGGCUCUGGAAACUGAAGAACUGCAUGGGCAGGACCCCAGGACUCCAGCAUCUCCCCAGCCUCCUGCUGUCCCUCCCCUUCUGCAGCACAUAGAGAAGAUGACUGGGGAGAGAGGGGGUCUCAGCUGGGCCCUGGACCUCAAGUGACUUCAAUCAAGACCUCGUAUUACAGAGUGGGGCAAAAGUAGGUUUACAGUUGUUUGUAUGGAAAAUAAGACCAUGAAC